AUGUUUGGUGGUACAAGUGGUGACUACUUCGAUGAUUCUUCACUACCGGAUUUCACUUGUCAUCAUUUAAGCGGCAUCGCUGCUUAUGGUCAUGAUGACAGUAUGGAAUCAUAUCAGUUCCUCUAUUCUUCUGAUGAUGAUGAUCAAAAUCCAAUAGAAUCACAGAUUCAUGGCAAUCAAAAUUCUAUAAUUAUAAAAAAAUUCGAAUUUGAUAAAGAUGAAAACUUAGACACAGUAGAAGGACAGCUUAUUAAUGAAUACAGUGUCUCUCCUAACGGCACAAACUUAACAACAUCACGAAUCACGGGACUUCAAUUUUUUUCAACAAAAGGUCGAGCAAGUCCAUCAUACAAUGGCCGAUUGGGUCAAACGUUCACCGAAAAGUUUGAUGGAUACAUUUUAGGCUAUGUUACUGGAAGAUCAAAUCAUCAUAUUACUCAACUACAGUUCUUUUGGUAUCGAACAGAAAAUAAAUGUUAA